UAUGAUAUCACAUACUCGAAAGCUAGUUAUUCAUUUCAUAUCAUAUCAUAUACUAAUGGCUCAAAUUCAUAAAUUACAUGUUCAAAACGAGUUGAAGAACUGCUCAGCAGACCAAUUUUAUAGUUUCAUUAAGAAUGAAGCGACCAAGUUCCCACGGGUUUGUCCUCAUAUCAUCAAGAGUUUCCAAAUUCUUGCUGGAAAUGGAAGCAUUGGCACCGUAAGGGUGAUGAAAAUCGCUGCGGGAGCUUCUCAUGAGGUAACGGUGAAGGAUAAGAUUGUAGCGGCGGACGAUGAAAGCAGGACUCUUAGUAUCACUAUCAUCGACGGAGACCUCUUGCGUAUGUAUCCGAAGUUUGAAUACACAUUGACGGUAACUCCAGUGGUUACACAAAGACGUGAGCAAAGCAGCUUGUUGAAGUUGUCCGUAGAGUAUGAGAAAGGAAAUGAAGAUGUCCCUGCUCCACUUGAGUAUACGGAGUUGGCAACUGCUCUGUAUAAAGCCAUUGCUGGCCACCUUGCGAAGAAUGCUUGAUUUGCUGAGAAGGCCUAUUCAUGUACACAAGCUGGCUGCACUAAUGAUGCUUAAAUAUUAUCUAGUUUAAACGUGGUUUGCAUAAGUAAAACUUCGAUCAACCCGUUUAACAAAUUUCAUGUU